ACCAGGGCGUGGGUGGGGGUAGAUUCGUAAACAUCGUAGGUAUAAAUAUUGGGUUUAUCUCGUCUUGAACUUAGUUAUCAGUUAAUUGUGCUGGAUUAUCAACCACGAGCAAAAUGAAAGUGGUUUUCGCUCUUGCUGCCUUGGUCGCUACUGUUGUAGCCGCACCACAAGGACCCGCCACCGAACCUAUCCCAAUCCUUCGGCAGGAACAGGAAGUCAACUUUGACGGUUCAUACAAAUACAGUUACGAGACCGGAAACAGUAUAACUGCUGAGGAGCAAGGUUUCCUGAAAAACGCCGGUCAGGCUGACCAGGAAGCCCAAGUUGCCCAAGGACAGUUCCAGUACACGUCGCCCGAAGGCCAAGUGAUCCAACUAUCGUACAUCGCUGACGAAAACGGAUUCCAACCCCAGGGCGAGCAUUUGCCCACUCCACCUCCAAUUCCACCAGCGAUCCAAAAAGCUCUCGAAUACUUGGCUUCGCUUCCUUCAACCCCCGAACCCACAAGGCGAUAGGAUUGUGUUAAAUCGAAUUUAAAAGACAUGUAAUUAAAUUAUUCAGGUAUUAUUAGACUAAAACAAUGCCAUUAUUUUGUACUCGAUUGUAUAGAAUGUUUUUUAAUCUAUGGAUUGUAUUUUUUUAUGAAUUGCACAAGGAGUGAUUGCAUUGUUGUCUAUUGCGACUCUUGUGCCAAAAAGCCAAUAAAAUUUCUAUUGGAA